AUGGAAGAUGAGCGACAUGUCACAGGCAAACGUGUCGCUUCUCGGGGAAAUGGACAGAGACUAACGCGCCGACGAAUCCCUCUCUCAUGUGUAUCCUGUCGAACUCGGAAAUUAAAAUGUAACCGCGAAAAGCCCUGUCAAAACUGCGUGGUACGCGGUGAGACGGACGCUUCCUCGUGCACGUAUGCGGAAAAGGUGCCGAAGAAGAAUGUUAGUACGACGAGGCGUUCGGAGGCGGAGACGAUGAGGAAAAGGAUCAAUCGGCUUGAGAAUUCGAUUUUGUCGAUGAUUGAGCCGAGGGAGGAGAGUGAGGGGAGUCCUGGGGGAGAGGUUUGUGGGUUGGCGAGGCAGGCGGGGGGACAGAAGAUUUCGGUUGAUACGAGGAGUACGCAUUGGGAUGCUAUUUUGAAUGAGUUGGGGGCCAUGAAAGAUGCUUGGAGUGCGGAGAAUGAUCGUAUUGAUUAUACCGAUAUGAAUAACCAAAAGUUUAGAACUCAGAAGUUGGGGCUUCUAAGUGGUCUUGGUGAGCUGCCAGAUCAUGAAACGAUUUUGAGUACUUUACCUUUUCCCGAGGCUGGACGAAAACUGGUUGCGAGGUUUUUCUCAUCUUACAAUCCUGCGAAUCCGGCACAAUUUGCAUUUCACAGGCCGACAUUUUUGAAGCAGUCCGAGAAACAUUGGGAAGAUCCGCUGCAAACCAAAAUUAUCUGGAUUGGACUUCUCUAUGGUGUACUGUGUCACGCAAUGCAAUCUUAUGGCCCAAGUAAUGAUGUCCCAGAAGAAUAUGUCAAAAACUACUUGGAGUUAGCAGAUUUGUAUCGAAUCCGUUGUGCUCAAUGUAUUACCAUUGCCGACAUCACCAAGCCUGUAGACUUCAUGAUUGAAGCUUUACUACUUUACGCAAUGUCGGAGUACUCGAAUCAAAGUGACGGUGAUAUGGGUACCUGGCUGAUAUCUGGUACUGUGGUACGCUUAGCAUUUCAACAAGGCUAUCAUCGUGACCCUUCCGAACACUCUGGUAUAUCCGCGUUUCAAGGCGAAAUGAGGAGGCGUCUUUGGCACCUUGUAGAAUCCCACGAUCUUAUCUUUUCCGCUCUUGUGGGGCUUCCAACGGCCGUCAAAACUAUCGAAUACGAUACACUUCCCAUAAGCAAUCUUUACGAAGAGGAGCUAUACGAAGAGAUGCUCAUGUUACCACCGUCACGACCACUGAGCGAGCUCACACCUGUCAGCUACCAAAUAGUCAAAUUUAGAAUCAUGAACGGCUAUGCGCAGGUAUUAGAAUUCCUGCACACACUUCGACCACAACCCUACGAAGAUGUUCUGAGACUGGAUCACGUAUUAAAACAAGGAAGAGACGAAAUACCGGAACAUCUCCAGCUCCGAACUUUGGAGGAUAUGAGAUUAGACCCUCCAUUUCGAGUCAUGGAGAAAUACAUCUUACAGCACUUUUUCCAUAAAUCGACCUGCGUCCUCCACCGCAAGUUCUGGGACGUUCAGUCUACGAGUGCAAAUGACAGCACGAUUUACUAUUCUCGACGGGCUUGCGUCUCAUCAGCGUUGGUGAUACUACAACAACAGAUCUCCCUACAUCGAGCAUGCCAACCACACGGUCCGUUAUCUUCAAUGAAAUGGUUUCAAUUCACAAUUUUCAAUCAUGAUUUCUUACUCGCAGCUAUGAUUUUAUCACUUGAUAUCAUGCAUAUGCGUCGCGGAACAGAAUCAUCGGUCUCAGAAUGCGGGAUAACGGAGAAUGAAAAGAUGGACUUACUAGCUGGAUCGAGAGAACUAUGGGCUAAUGUUGUUGAUGAAUGUCGAGAUGCUCGGCGAUCGGUUCGAAUACUUGACGCAGUGAUCAAAAAAGUCAAUGAUCAGAUCACGCCUAAGAAAGCGAUGGAUAUCAGGACACUUACAACGUCAACAUAUCCUCCACCCACCAGUUUUGCUGGACCGACGGUUGACCCUACUUUAGAUAUCCAAGGUUAUGAAUUUGGAACACAAGAUAAUCUGUCGGAUGUUCUGGGUUCCGAUCUCAGCAUUCCGAAAAAUUUCAAUUGGGAUGCCUGGGAUCAUUUUAUUUUGACGCAGCCGCAACAAGUUGGAGUGAUAGUCUCGCCAGAAUUCCAGAUUCCCAUGCAACCGAUGUGA